AUGUCAGAAGCUACACAAGACCCCGUUGAGGUGGCCUCGGAGAAGUCACCUGCUGUCACUACAGAUACUGCCUCGGGAUCGUCAAAGCCAAAAGGGAUGCGGAAAAAUGGUAAAAAUUGGCAUGCGCCCAAGACAGCGUUUAGACCGACGGCCGGACAGACAUCGUACGCAAAGCGGCUGGCCGAGCGGAAAGCCAUGUCCGUGGUGAAAGAGAAGGAGCAAGAGAUGAAGGACGAGAAGGAGGCUACAAGAAAGGCUCGCAUACAAGCUAUCAAGGACCGACGAGCAGCUAAGGAAGAGAAGGAAAGAUAUGAAAAGCUGGCUGAGAAGAUGCACCGCAAGCGAGUCGAGCGGAUGAGGAAGCGCGAGAAGAGGAAUAAACUGCUCAAUUCUUAG